AACCUUUUCUGGCAUCAACGGUUUCCUGGGGUCCUUAUUUAUUGUGGGACACAACAAUUAGCUGUGGCGAACUAUCUCGCCAGUUAUAAUUGUAUUGGCACGGUGUGCAACAGCAUGCACAUUUCAUCGAACGUUUUGGUUAAAAGAAUAUGAGCAAAGAUUCCAAGAUGAGAGCAACAAUUAAUCAGAAGUUAACUGAGAUGGGUGAACGAGAGCGAUUGAAGGAGUUGCUCAGAGCUAAACUCACUGAAUGUGGAUGGAGGGAUCAGCUGAAAGCUCAUUGCAAAGAUGUCAUCAAAGAAAAGGGCUUGGAGCAUGUGACCGUCGAGGACCUUGUGGUAGAAAUCACCCCUAAAGGAAGAGUUCUGGUGCCUGACAGCGUGAAGAAGGAGCUGCUGCAGAGGAUAAGAGCCUUCCUAGCUCAGCAUGCCACAUAAUUGAACCAGCAUGAUCUUUUUGAAACCCUUUUGGUAUCAGAUUUGUUAUAGAGAGCUUGUUUUCUUUUCGCCAUCAUGCUGUUAUUAUUAGUUAUGUGAUCCAAUCUUCCAUCAUGAUUUAGACUUAUUCAAUUGCUUUGUUCAAUGUCUGAUUUUGAAGUUCUUUACAUCAUGCAGUUCUUUACAUGAUGCAACGAUUCAACUUGUCAAUAGCUAUACAUUGUAUUAGAAUACAUAACAUGCUAUGCUGUUUUUACAACAAUGACUUUUGUUUUGUGGAUUGUCUUCUUAUUUUUAGUUGGUUUGUCAUUAGAGAAAGGCUUUUGAGAGGGGUUGUAAUAAAGCUGGUUCUAGGUUUUGUAAGAAGUUCAAA